CGAAAGGAAAAAUUGGGAAACAAGAGUGGCAGAAGUCGUAUAUGUCAAAGAUUCUGACCACGCAUCGUGUAGCUGCAAAAGAUUUGAAUUUGUUGGAAUUAUUUGCAAGCACAUCCUAGCAUUGUUCAGAAGGGACCAGAUUGAAUAUAUGCCCGAUAAAUAUAUUUUGAAGAGGUGGAAGAAAACUGCGAAAUGUGGAUUGGUGUCAGAUGCAAAUGGCAACGAAAUUAAAGACUGUGCAGAUCCUGGCCUUCUAAUAAAGCGGAGUACAAUGUCUCGACUUGCUUCAGAUGUGGUUGAGGAUGCAUUAAUGAGUGAAGAAGGAUGUGAGCUACUGUCAGAGACUCUAAAAAGUUUGCAGGUGAAGUUGAAGUUGCUGAAGGAUGGACCAAGUAAUAACGAAGUUGGAGGGUCCAGCUCUCAAACACAAUAUAUGAAAGACCCUAAGAGAGUGAGGUGCAAAGGAAGGUCGAAAGGAGUAACGGGAGCAAAGGAAAAGGCAAUGAAGCGAGGGAUUAGACACUGUCAGGAGUGUGGACACAUUGGUCAUGAUAGAAGACAAUGCCCAGCCUUGAACACACCGACAUCACCGUCGAACAAUGACGAAUCAACUCCAAUACAUCGUAGUGACCCAUUAUUCGACGAUUUUGACAGGAUGCACGGACCAACUGAAUGAUUUAUAUUUGUAUUAGACGAAAUGUGGUUGUUAU